AUGACAGAUGUUCCAGCAGCAUGUAGUCAGGCUGCAUACAAUAAGGAAAAAGCACCUGAAAAUGGUCAACUGUCAAUUUCUACAAUCCAUGAAGAAAUAACUGAUGUGACCAGAUCUCUAUACUGCAGAAUAGAACCCAGUCUUCAAGAAUUACCCGCAGAAGGAAACCAGGAUCAAAGUGGAAAAUUACAAGGGAAUGUGCUGUUCAACUCAUCCAUGGAUGGGAAGAUACCAAAUGAAAACCCAGAAGAAAACCUUUUUGUUGUUCAUAAGGCUAUCACAGAUAUUUCUCUUCAGGAAACGAGUGAUGAUGAAACAGCAUUCCGAGAAGGACAUCAGUGGGAGAAGAUUCCGCUGAGCAGCAGUAACCAAGAAAUAAGUAUACAGGAAGAAAGGAUUAUGGAACAACCUUGGGAAGAAAGAGCAGAUGAGGCUAGGAAGAACAAAGCUUAUGAGGCGACUGAGAUUGAAUGGUUGGGAUCUCAGAAACCUGGCCAAGUUGACAUGCUUCAUUCUAAACAUGACCAGGAGCAAGAGGUUUGGGAUGAAGAAAUCAAUAAUGAUGAUGAUGAUUGCAAUGAUGAUGAAGAUGAAGUUCGGGUGAUAGAAUUUAAGAAAAAGUAUGAAGAGGGCUUUCAAUUUGAGAAGGAAGAUGAUGCAAGAGAGGACACCCCGCUGCGCAGUCCCAGUUCCCAACCUGCGACACCUGAUGAGCAACCAACUUUAGGAAAAAAGAAUGAUAUUUCCCGAAACACUUAUUCAAGAUACAAUACAAUAUCCUAUCGGAAAAUCAGGAAGGGGAACACAAAGCAAAGAAUCGAUGAGUUUGAGUCUAUGAUGCAUUUAUAAACUAACUGGAACUGAGAAAUUAUCACACCCACUAAAGCAACAGCUAAUUCAGAUGCAUUUUUCUACGCCUUCUUUGUGUUAUCCACAUGAAAGCUGUUCAAGCUUACUUUUUAUGUACCGUUGAAUAGUGAAAUCACCCCAAAUCCAGACUGUUAACUUGAAGUAAAAAAAAGCAAUAGAUUCAUUCUUGGACAUUUGCUUUUAAAAUGCUGAUAAUAUAGCAUUGUAUGGUGAGCCCUACACUAGCCCCCACUGGCAAAGCUGGCCUGAAUUAGCUUUAAAAAUUUCAGUGUUGGAAAAGAGUCAUCAGUUGGAAGAGGGACUGUUUGAAAUGGUUCUAUAUUUUUUGUGUGUCUGUUUUUAAAGAAUAUUGUGAUCAUAGAAAGAUUGUUACUAAACCUCUCUUAUCUUUUAAGCAUGGUUUUGUAGACUGGCAAUCUGUUUUCAAAAUCAUUUACCUUUUCUUUAUCCUCAAAAACUACUGUAAAUAGUUUUCCUUGACACAUGCAGGGUGAAAUUUUAAAAACCUCCUUUCUAGAGUUAUAAUUCAGUGCAUUUUCUCAUUAGAGGGGAUGGGACACUGUCAGUCAGGAGAAUUCUGUUUGCUGAAUGUUGGCAUUAUGCUUUCAAACUAAAACUUAUUGUGUUGUUGAUACAGGGAGGGGCUAGAAAGUUACUGGGCAACAGACUAAAUAAAGAGUUAUAUUGGCUAUAUUUUUGUUACUGAAAGUAAAACCUUGUCUAGCACAGUUAAAAUCAUUAAGAAUAAAAAUGACAGCUUUAGCACAAUUUUAUGAAAAUGCCCCUCUAUUACUAUAGUUUCUCUUAUUAACAGUAUCUCGGAAUAAUUUUCUCUCCUUAUAAACCUGAGACAACGCUAGUCAUAACUGUACUAGUUACUAUGAAAAUGGAAAUAAUUAUGUUAGAAUAUUUUCAAAGUGGAGUGUGAGUAUGUAUUUUUAGUGAGAAAGCUCUGAUAGUUGUUAGGAAUAUGUAAUUUACUGGACCUCAGCCCAAAGCAAGUUGCUUAAAAUUGUGCUUGUGGAGCUUCACUCAAGGCAAUGUGUCAGAUAAUGUAUUGAAUAUUUAUGAAAAGAUAGUAUCUAUAUUUAUACUCCCUGAUAGUUGGUUCCACAUUUUUUUUCCAUUUCUUGAUUCCAUAUAUAUUACCCUGAGGUUUCUGUUACACAGAUAAAGAUACUGCAUGGCACUGCAAAUAAAAAGACAAUUCCUUAUUGUUCGGAUGUAACACAGACUUCAUUGUACCAUUCAACCCUUUGUUUAUUCUUGUUGUAUUUUGUGAAAGACCCUGGGUGAGUCCUCCUAAGAUUAUUGCUUAUUUAUGUGUAGCAAAUCCCAUGCAUUCUCAUGAUCGCUUCUUUAGUUAUUCCUGGUCAUUAAUCUAUUUCCACAAUAUAAUUCAUUGCUGCUUAGUGUUUACCACCCAAUUUUGAAUUUAUGAUUGAAGUGCUCCUUUUUAUCCUUAUAAACAAAUUCCAGACCACUUGACCAUUGAAAGUGUGAUUACCUAUGAUCUAUGGAAUCCAAGAGUUUCAUUCAUGAGUGUC